CCCCGUAGAUUUCUGGUAUACCUCUCGAGGAGACCCCAACUUUGCUUUUUUAUAAGUGGGUGGGACCAAAGGAGGGGCGGGGCCAAGGACAAGGUAGCAGACUUGCUGGUCUCGCGUUUGUGUGGAAGAAGCGCCCUAUGUUACCAUGGAGACAGGACAGGGGACAGGAAAAACUGACGAAGGGGAGCCGCUUGAAAGUGCAGACCUUGGACCUUUGGUUUUUAGUGGCUCUUCAGAAGAGGAUGUGGCUUUAGCCAAGCAAUUCUGGGUCUCGGCGUCCAUGCAUCCACAUCCCGAGUCUCGAUUAGUGUUAAGCAGCACCGAGCAGCGACUGCCGGUAGCUCAAACUUUCAGGCCGCCUUUUGUUGAAAGACAUUUCGACUUUGCGUAUUACAAAACUGAAGAGUAUCUUGAACAAGAAAGAAAGUUUCGUGAAAUUGAAGAAAAAGAAAAGUACAUCCAAAAGGCCAAGAAAAGAGAAGAAAUUCUUCAUCUGUUAAGAAAACAAAGAGAAGAAAGAAUAGAGAAAGAACGGUUUUCUCGUCUUCAUAAGCCAAAGGCCAAAGUACCCCCAAUAAGGAUCGAGCGUACAGAAUCGGAAAUAAUGGAUGAAGAAGAAGUGAGGGCCUUGAAUCCUGAGUGAUGGUGAAGGAAAGUAAUCUUGCUUUUGGAUUAUGCCACACAAUGGCAUCUCUUUUCAAGUUUUCUUUUUAUUGUUCUGGGUUAAAAGGUCAAUGAACUAUAUUUACAAAUAAACUUUCAAGAUAA